AUGCAAGCUCCAAAUCUAACGAAAUUGCCAAGUUAACAAAAAGUUCCUAAAUAUCGUCCUGUAAAUUAAUAAAUAUUAUAUAGUCAAUCAACAUAGAUAAUUUGAUAGCAAUAUGUACAGGAAAACUUAAGAAUUGUCCUAAUCAUAAAAAAGCAUUAUAUAUUAGGGCAUCCGCGUAUAUUAAAAAAGGCGAAUAUGAAAUAGCAAUAUAAGAUUGUAAUAAACUAUUAGAAACAGAUAGUGAUAAUGUUGGUGGAUAUUAUUUGAGAGGUAUUAAAAUUUAAUAAAUUAAGGAUGUGCAAAUGAAAAAUUAGGAUAAACAGAUCUUGCAAUUGAUGAUUUUACUAAAGUAUUACUAUUAGAUGAGAAUCAUGUAAAUGCAGCCUUUGCUCGUGCUUCUUGUCUUAAUCUAAAAGGAGAUUUUGCAGGAGCUAUAGAAGAUUAUACUAGAGCAUUAGAGAAAGAUAAUGCAAAAUCACUUAAUCUUUCUAAUUCCAUAAAUAAAAGAUCAUUACUUAGAAAUAGUUCAAUGAAAAAAGAUGAAAACUAAAACUAUCCCAAAACAGAAGCAUUUUAAUAUAAAACUAAAACAAAUAAAUAUUAAUAACCUGAAGAAGAUGAUCUUAUGAAUCCACAAAAUGAUGAAGAAUAUUUAUAAAAUGAUUAAUCAUAGAUUUAAAUUUAACCAUAAUAGAAUAGUUUUAUGAGUUAAAAUCCACUUUAUACAAGUAUUGAUGCUAAUGAAUUGCAUAUACAACGUCCAUCUUAAAUUAUUGAUAAAGAAAUUUCUCAACCUAUGCAAUAGCAAUUAAUUUCUAUGAUUCCAGAUAAUAUUAAAUAAGAUAAUAAGAAAAUAUCAGAUUGGUUCCAUUAAUAAGGAUUUGAUUCUAGAAAAAAAGAAGAUUUCAUCAAAGCUAUUGAAUUUUAUACGAUGGCACUAAUGUUUAAUUGCAAUCAUUUUAAAUCUAUUUUUAAUAGAGGUAAUAUAUUUAGAUAACAUAAGGUUUUGCAUUUGAUAAGUUAAGAAUGUAUAACGAUGCAAUUAAUGAUUAUACUAAAGCUAUAGAAAUGGAUUCAAAGAAUGCUUACGCUUACUAUAAUAGAGGAAUUUCUUAUGAUAAAAAAGGAGAUUAUAAUUUAGCUAUUAAAGAUUUCGCUAAAGCAAUAGAGCUUGAUCCGUCAAAAGCAGAUUUUUAUCACAAUAAAGGUUUUGCAAUGAAGAAAAAAAAUUUGAUAAAAGAAGCUAUAUUAGAAUUUAAUGAAUGUUUAAGAUUAGAUAAAAAUCACUUCAAAGCUUAUUAUAAUAGAGCGAAUUGUUAUGAGAAAUUAGGAGAAUUUGAUAAAGCAUAAUAGGAUUAUCUGAUAGCCAAUAACGUAGUACCUAAUAAUCCAAAUACUUUAACUCAUAUAGGUAUAUUAAUGGAUAGACAGUAAAAAUUAGAAGAUGCAUUAAAAUACUUCAAUUCGUAAUCUAUAUUAAUUGAUCUGUUCUAGUUCUUUAAAGAUAGAUUCCAAUUAUGCUCCUGCCUAUAAUGGAAGAGGAUUAGUUUUUGAUAAAAUUGGAGAAUAUGAAAAAGCUUGUAUUGACUUUAAUAAAGCGAUUGAUAUAGAACCAUAAAAUCCAGUAUAUAUUCAUAAUAGAGGUUGUUGUAAAAGAAGCAUGAAUAAAUUUGAUGAAGCAUUAGAAGAUUUUAAGAAAGCUUUAUCUUUAGAUUCAAAAAAUCCAAUCAUAUAUUCUAAUAUGGGUUUAGUUCUUAGAAAAAUGGAAGAUUUUGAAACUGCAGUAUAUUGCUACUCUUAAGAAUUAAUUUAUUCUUCUGAAAACACAAGAACACUUAACAAUAGAGGAUAUUGUCUUGCUAAAUUAGGAUAAUUUGAAGAAGCCAUUAGUGAUUAUUCUAGAGCUAUUAAUCUAGAUCCAAUUAAUAUUCAUGCUAUUUAUAAUAGAGGAAUCUGUAAUGAAAGAAUUGGAGAAUUUCACAAGGUAAAUUCCAUCUUUAUUUUAUAGGCUAUUGAUGAUUUCACAUAAGUCAUUCAUUUAUAAAAUGAUCAAGGAGCUAAUGCAUACUUUAAUCGAGGAUGUUGUUAUGAUAAGUAUUUUAUGUUUUAAUUUCUUCUAGUAUCGGGGAAAUGGAUCUUGCAAUAGCUGACUAUUCAAAAGCGUUAGAGAUCGAUAAUAAAACCAAUAAAGUGCCUUGA